GGAAUAUUAAGUUCACAUUUUUAGUAUUCUACGUCGGCAAUCGAAGGAUUUUAGCUUUGUAUAUUAAUUGUUCAAGUAAAUCACAGGCGAGAUCUUUUGUUCGCUUUCAUGGCAAAUUCCAUUCGAUUAGGAAUGCGAGCGACAAUACCAAUUCGAUCAUAGUCUUAAUAGCAAAAAUAUUACGGAGGGAUUCCGAACAGAGGACUGUGCAGACGGCACACACGAGACGUUGAAUUCAAUUACUACUGUGCGUAUGGUGGCUGUCGGAGUACAGACUAGGGUUAAAUGCUUUCAGUGAAGACUAAUUCCAGAGACUAAAAAGAUGGGCUUAACCAGAAAAGCACGGAAUUGAUUGCUUGAAGAGGAAAAUUUGCAGUAUAAACAAGACAAAUAUGUAUACAUUACGUGUCGCCGCUUACACAUUUCUUUUCGUUAAUGGUUUUUUAAACAUAUUGCCUUCGGACUGCAGCAGUGGUUAUUCCAGGAGUUGCCGACCGAAUAUUCCGCUUAGUGACGCACUCGUGAUGAAAGAUUUAAACAAAAAAUCUGUACAAACCUGUGACAUGAAAGCUCAAUUUGUGAAGAUAUCCAGAGUUCCAAAUAACAUAAACGACCAUGACUUCAUACACGCAGUUAUCAGUAAGCCUAGGGAUGUCAGGAAAUUGAAGAUAACUUUCAAUGGUACGAUUGAGGGCGUAAAUGUCCAUGGUUCACAAGCUAUUUUGCUGUCGUGUUUAGAAUAUCAGGACACGGUACUCAUUCGUUCAGCAGAAAACAGGUCAUGCUGUAUUCAUGUUGUACUGAAGUUGAAAUAUCUUGCUGGAGAUCUUGGAAGCAUGUGGAUAGACAAAGGUGGAGAAGUGAAAGGAGUGCAGAUAAGAUUACAUGGGAAUGGAACACACCGCUCCACAGUCAAAGUGAAGAGAAGUAAUGCGGACAUGUCGGCGAAAUUGAGAAGAAGGGAUUCAUCAAGCGACAUGACAGAUAUAUCUGAGUGUGGGAGAACAAGAAGUUGCUUUAGAUACCAUCCAACAGAUAGAGAAUGCGGUCAUAUGAGGUGUGCCUAUUUUCUGAGCUAUUCUCACAAACAUAUCUUGGAGACAGAAUAUGAAUUUGAUUUUGAGUUGAGUGGUAAAACUGAUGGUUGGCUGGCUGUUGGAUUUUCUUCAGAUAAACAAAUGAUGGGCGAUGCACUGGUUUGCAAGAAAAGCAACGUUGAACCAGACCCUACAGUACAAGCAUAUCAAAUCCCUAUGAGACAUGCUCAUCCGACUCCUAAAGAACGAUUCAAAUCAAAUCUUACAACAGCUACCAGACGGAACGGAUAUAUGUACUGCAGAUUUCGAGUCCAGAGUGGACAGGACGGCAUACUGGAAAUGACCAAUGACUGGUUUCAGUUAUAUGGACGUGGUCCAAUGGCAUAUGAUGGCGACCUGGGUAAACACGAAGAGAUUCCUCUAAUGUCGAACUCUAAGAUCACUCUAAUCAAAAGCGUCAACAAAAUGGAUGUUUACACCAGCGAAGGAGCGGCAUUGACGUCAACUCAUCUUUGUUUUCUAUGGACAAUCGUAUUUUCAAUAACAAAAUUAUUUUGUUAAAUCGCAUUUUCAAAUUACUGUAAAUUCCUAAAUAACCGCGAGGAAUUUAUGAUCGCGUAAUUUCGCGAUAAGCGUCACCCGUGAAUUAGAAUUACUCGCUUUUAUUUUUAUAUUGCUAAAAUACAUGUAAAGACUCUUGAUCAACAGAGCACUCGCGAAUUUGUGUUCUCGCGAUUUAACGUCUACGAAUCAUUUCGCGAUAUUAAGUACUCGCGUAAAGAUGUGGAAUCCACGGUAUACGAUUUCAAGGCGACAGUGCACAAUACUUAUCCUCUUCCAUUACGUUUUCGAUACUUUUGACAUCAAAUAUUUAGAACAGUCAGAUAGUUAAAAUUCAGUAUUGAUGUGUACACUGUUUGAUAUAAAAUGAUAUGAUAUAUGCUUUGACAUUUUUUACAUGUUUUUUAUUAAGUUUACUAUGGCGGUAUAUAUGAGGAUGUAUUACGCCUCCUUAAUUACUUUUAGGAAUCAUUAAUUUAAGAUGUAGUGUUGUAAAUAUGAUAUUUGUAUUGAACAUUUUGUAAAUUUCAUGUAUUACAUGAUCUCUGUCGUUACUUUUACUAUGUCAGUAUAUAUGAGGAUGUAUGGCGUCUUCCUAAUUACAUUUAUCAAUCAUCACCUUGUAGUAUUGUAAAUAUGAUAUAUCUAAUGAACAUUUUGUAAAUCUUAAAACAUUACAUGUAUUUUGAAAUAAGGAAUUUCCCCUUUUGCUAUGUCUGGGAGCUGUAUUGUUGUUGAAAUGUGGUUCAUCUUAACGAAAAGGAAUGCAGUAUUUUUAAAAUUAUUCGCUGAACAUCAAUUUUCGUUGUUUUCAAGGUUGAACAAAAUGUUGAUCACUAGUGAUUCUGAUCAUGGCUUUGUGUAUAAACUCUCUAGAAAAAGAAUCAUGGAAAUUAAUGGACAUGAAAACUAAUGACAACACAAUAACAGCUUUCUUUUGUGA